AUGAACGAUGAGGCCGAGUCCUCGCGAGCUGGCCUGCGUCGUAGCAGCAUUGCGGCCUCGGACACGGAGCACGACGACGCCAUAGUAGACAUCGAUCCCGAAGAAGAGAUUGCCCAGCGGGAACAGCGAGUGAAAGAGAGAAGACUAGAUGCGAAGCGAAAGAGGGUUGUGUUUCUGGAUCAUUUGCUCCGUGAGCUGGAUACGCUCGUAUUCUUUGAGCUUAUUACACUCUACCAUCUGGACUGCUCGUUCUUCUGGUUUGCCGCGCGCGCCUUAAUUCACGGUUCUCUGCUCACGCCGCUUCCUGACAUUGGCCUGAACCGCCAGCAUGACGAGCACAAGCCAUUCUUACCUCUGAUCCUCUUCUGCUUCGCAAUCAACUUCCUGUUGCACCUCACAUAUCCCGCACCAUCCGCCGGGGAGGAUACACGCGGCUAUCUACAUGGAGGGUUGAUGAUUGACUUCAUCGGCCAGCAGGGGCCGACGAGCAAAUGGAAGCUUGCAGGCUUGGACAUAUGCAUAUUGCUUUUGCAGCUUGUCAUGGUGUCAGUACACGUGAAGCGACGGCAAGCCAAAAAGACUUUGGCGCAGAUAUCCUCAGGAAGCACAGAGACGAGCGCAAAUGAUGGAGAAAGCGCAGAACAACCGUCCGAGAACGAUGCUGCACGUGAGCAAGAUGCCGAUGCAGAAGAACGUGGUGAACUGCGCCGCACUGAUACAUUGUCUGAUAUCGGAGCGGAUCAGGACGAGCAAGACACGCUUCUGCCAUCGUCCGAAGGUGUCCAGAUAGAUGCUCUCGAUGUACUCAUCUCCGGCCAGUGCGUCAUUGGCGAGUUCUCUCUCAUCGACACCUUGAUCGAUGAGCACCAGAAGUAUCAAGCCUUCCGUCAGACGCGGGCUGAAGCAGGAGGAACUUCUUCGCUGUCACCUACCGCUCUCCGUCAGUUACAAAACAUUCGUAUGCGGUUUGGCGCUGGGGGAGGGUGA